CUUCCUCCUCCCUCACUAUAAAAACCCCACCUCUCCCUCUCUCCCCCACAACUGCCUUCUCUUUCCGAACCCUCAAGUCGGCCUGAAGGAAAACCUAUCAAGAUGCGUGAGUGUAUUUCUAUGCACGUUGGCCAAGCUGGGGCCCAGAUGGGAAAUGCAUGCUGGGAGCUUUACUGUCUGGAACAUGGGAUCCAGCCUGACGGUCAGAUGCCCAGUGACAAGACUAUUGGAGGAGGAGAUGAUUCCUUCAACACCUUCUUCAGUGAAACGGGAGCAGGGAAGCAUGUCCCACGUGCCAUCUUUGUAGAUCUGGAGCCUACUGUGAUUGACGAGAUCCGUACAGGCACAUAUCGCCAGCUCUUCCAUCCUGAGCAGCUCAUCACUGGCAAAGAGGAUGCUGCUAAUAACUACGCACGUGGACACUACACUAUUGGGAAAGAGAUCAUUGACCUGGUGUUGGACAGGACCCGUAAACUGGCUGACCAAUGCACUGGCCUUCAGGGCUUCCUCAUCUUUCACAGUUUUGGUGGAGGAACUGGCUCUGGUUUCACCUCCCUCUUAAUGGAGCGCCUCUCCGUUGACUACGGCAAGAAGUCCAAGCUUGAGUUUGCCAUCUAUCCAGCUCCUCAGGUAUCCACAGCCGUGGUGGAGCCUUACAACUCCAUCCUGACCACCCACACCACCCUGGAGCACUCAGACUGUGCCUUCAUGGUGGACAAUGAAGCUAUCUAUGAUAUCUGCCGCAAGAAUCUGGACAUCGAGCGUCCCACUUACACCAACCUCAAUAGGCUGAUUGGGCAGAUCGUCUCCUCCAUCACUGCCUCUCUCAGAUUUGAUGGAGCUCUGAAUGUGGAUCUGACUGAGUUUCAGACCAACCUGGUUCCCUACCCUCGCAUCCACUUCCCUCUGGCCACCUAUGCUCCUGUGAUCUCUGCUGAGAAGGCCUACCAUGAACAGCUAUCUGUUGCUGACAUCACCAACGCUUGCUUUGAGCCCUCCAACCAGAUGGUGAAGUGUGACCCUCGUCAUGGUAAAUACAUGGCCUGCUGCCUCCUGUAUCGUGGAGAUGUGGUACCUAAAGAUGUCAAUUCUGCCAUUGCUGCAAUCAAGACCAAAAGAAGCAUCCAGUUUGUGGACUGGUGUCCCACUGGUUUCAAGGUGGGCAUCAACUACCAACCCCCCACUGUGGUUCCUGGAGGUGACCUGGCCAAGGUGCAGAGAGCAGUGUGCAUGCUGAGCAACACCACAGCCAUUGCUGAGGCCUGGGCUCGUCUGGACCACAAGUUUGACCUGAUGUACGCCAAAAGAGCCUUUGUGCACUGGUAUGUGGGAGAGGGCAUGGAGGAGGGAGAGUUCUCUGAGGCCAGAGAGGACAUGGCAGCUCUGGAGAAAGAUUAUGAAGAAGUGGGCACUGACAGUGUGGGAGAUGAGGAUGAAGAAGGGGAAGAGUAUUGAAUAGAAAA